UGGCUCACAGAACUGUGCUAGUGGCACUGAGAGACGUCUCUGCUCUCCUCUGAGCCCCUCCCCAGGGACUGGAGUGUGACUGGGAGGCACUGGGCAGGCCCCCUGUUCUACCUGGAUACCUGCAAACAUCUCAGUGCUUGGAUGUGACUUGCCACGUGUUGGAACAGCAGAGGAUCCAGUGUUUUCGUGGGGUUUUUUCUCUCUCUGGAGUGUGGAAUGAUCUGAGAGACAAAGCUCAGAUGAAAUCAAAAGAACGAUAAAGUUUGGAGGAAAAAAAAGAAGCUGCACUUGCUUUCCUGGUCUGCAGUUUGGCAGGGCAUUAAGAUGUCCGUGGACAUGAACAGCCAGGGCUCUGACAGCAAUGAAGAGGAUUAUGACCCUAAUUGCGAGGAGGAGGAAGAGGAUGAGGAUCCUGGGGAUAUUGAGGAUUAUUAUGAUGGGGUAGCUAACGACGUGGAGCAGCAGGGAGCAGAUGCCUUUGAUCCAGAGGAAUAUCAGUUCACCUGCUUGACUUACAAGGAGUCGGAGAGCACUCUCAAUGAACACAUGGCCAGCUUGGCUGCCACGUUAAAGGUAUCACAUGCUGUUGCAAAGCUAGUAUUAGUUAGUUUCCACUGGCAAAUCUCAGAGAUUUUGGAAAGGCACAAGGCUAAUGCUGCCCAGUUGCUAGUAGAAGCUCGAGUCCAGCCCACCUCAUCCAAACAUGCAAUGGUACAUUCCUCCCACCACUGCGCCGUGUGCAUGCAGUUUGUCCGGAAGGAGAACUUGCUCUCCCUGGCUUGUCAGCACCAGUUCUGCCGCAGCUGCUGGGAGCAGCACUGCACAGUGCUCGUCAAGGAUGGUGUUGGAGUGGGGGUGUCCUGCAUGGCUCAGGACUGUCUACUCCGGACACCAGAAGACUUUGUGUUUCCAUUGCUGCCUAGUGAAGAGCUGAAAGACAAAUACAGGCGCUACCUCUUCAGGGACUAUGUGGAGAGCCAUUACCAGCUGCAGCUGUGUCCUGGUGCAGAUUGCCCUAUGGUCAUACAGGUACAAGAGCCAAAAGCCCGGCGAGUGCAGUGCAAUCGUUGCAAUGAGGUCUUCUGCUUUAAGUGUCGGCAGAUGUACCACGCACCCACAGACUGCGCGACCAUUCGCAAAUGGCUCACCAAGUGUGCAGAUGACUCUGAAACAGCCAACUACAUCAGUGCUCACACUAAAGAUUGUCCCAAGUGCAAUAUCUGUAUUGAAAAGAACGGAGGCUGCAAUCACAUGCAAUGUUCCAAAUGCAAGCAUGACUUCUGCUGGAUGUGUCUGGGAGACUGGAAGACUCAUGGCAGCGAGUACUACGAAUGCAGUCGGUACAAAGAGAAUCCUGAUAUUGUAAACCAGAGUCAGCAAGCACAGGCCAGGGAGGCCCUUAAGAAGUACUUGUUCUAUUUUGAGAGGUGGGAGAAUCACAAUAAAAGCCUACAGCUGGAGGCACAGACAUACCAACGAAUCCAGGAAAAAAUACAAGAAAGAGUUAUGAACAAUUUGGGAACAUGGAUAGAUUGGCAAUAUCUACAGAAUGCUGCAAAACUACUUGCAAAGUGUCGUUACACCCUGCAGUACACAUAUCCAUAUGCCUACUACAUGGAGUCUGGUCCCAGAAAGAAGCUGUUUGAAUACCAGCAGGCCCAGUUGGAAGCUGAAAUUGAAAAUCUCUCAUGGAAGGUGGAGCGAGCAGACAGCUAUGACAGAGGGGACUUAGAGAAUCAGAUGCACAUAGCAGAGCAGAGACGGAGGACCCUGCUGAAAGACUUCCAUGACACAUAAGAGAGGAGGAAGUGACAGUGCAGGGGUGAGAGCAGCGAGUGAAGUGAUGGUAGCUUCACUGGGAUAAGCAGGCACUGCCUCUGGGAGAACACGGCCAAGGACAAAGCCACCCCUCCCCUUGCAAGUCAGACACAUGCAAACACCACCUCUUAGUCCAGUUUGUUCUCUUAUCUUUCUGUUUCUGUUUCUGCCAGGCUAGAGGCCAGAGCUCAGAUUGGCAUAUUUCCUGGGCCAUUUCCCUCCUGCCCUUGAUGGUUUCAGAAGGGGAGGGAGUUUUUUUCUGAAUGGCUGUUAAUAGUGUUAGAUCAUUACAGUUUAUGUAAUUUUCAACGGUUGUACAAUUAUACAGACAAAACCUUAGAAUAACACAAAACCCUUUUUAAAAAUAAAUUGGCAGUGGAGUGUUUUUCCUUAAUCUGCUUGUAAAUUUAAUGGGCUUUUCCCCCUCUCCUUCUCCCUUCCUCUGACCCAAAAAUCCUCCUAGUCAUUGAAGGAGGUUAAAAAAUAUCUCAGCUAGAUUUUCUGAUGCUCCUUUAACCAGGGCAUUGCAGCAUUGGCAUUGCAUGAGGAGAGUGGCUGCUGUUAAGGGUGGCUGCUGCUGUGUCUGGCCUGACAGUACCAGCAGUGGCUGUGACUCAGUUUGAUCACAUGUGACAUCUCUUUUUCUUGUAAAUCAGCUGUGCAAAAUCCAGCUACACAGACAAAAACAAACAGAGGAAUUGUCAGGGACAGACCAGGUUAACAUUGGGGGGAUAUGCUUGAGUUUCAGAGAAAUUGAGAGAAAUCAGAUUCUGCAUUUGAUGAAUUUAGGUCUUCCAUGUAGAUUUUUGCUUUACUUGUUUUUGUGGGGAGGAUGUUGUAUUGCCAAAGUGAGUGAUGAGGGAGUAGUAGCAUACAGUUGUUAAUCAAGGCUUGGGGCUUUUGCAGAGUGAAAGAAUCCAUGUUAUAACAGUGCCAUGCAGCCUGAUAAAGAUUAUUUGUGCCUGCUGGGUAGCAUGGCUGAGAAAAAUUGAUCUCAUUCAUCAAAGUGAGACUAAACACCACUAUGUUAUGAGGAGGAAAGAUUGUGUACAACACACUCCCUGGCACGUGUUGGCAAUGUGGACAGGCACUUGAAUACAGGUGCACUGCUUGUGCAGAGCCUGCACCAAGCCAGGCAGAAAAUUAACUAGCAAAAUUAAUUUAUUUGUAUAUUAGUAUUGAUGCUGGUGGGAACUUAUCAGAAAAUUGAUUGUUAGGAGCAUGUGGAGCUUUUUUAUUAACAUUCUCUUUUCUAAUGUAAAAUAUACACUAAAAUAAAAAUAUGAAAAACCUA